GUGCUGAAAGAUUCGGUCCCAAGAUGAGCAGGAUGGCCUUCCUGUGGCGUCUGGUGGUCACUUCAGGUAUUUUGAAGGAAACAAUAGGAAAAGCCUUCAUACAAACCAAACCUGCGGGUGAGACGACGAACAUUGAUAUCAGCCAGAAGGAGUCGCUGCUACUGCAAGUGAGAGGCUGUACUGACCUCUACGUUGUGCUCCGUGAGAAAGAGGGUGGAGAAGAAGCAGCUAUUGGAAUUGGGAUUAAUUCAAAUAAUGGACUUAUAAUGAAGCCAUGCAUCACCUGCACAGCGCAAUACGGUGCCGCGUCAGCAUAUCUCGACUGCGAAGCAUUUAAGCCCUUUUGGGUAACAUGGGCGGGAAUGACGGUGAAGAUUGGUCGCGGCCAUGAUGUGGGGAUGCAAGAGAUUCUUUCAACGACAUCAACCAAGGCCUACAGAAUCAACUUGCUGCGCCUCGCGGGCGUUGCUAACUGGAUCAUAGAAACUGGGGACUUGAAGAGAGGCCGUCAUCUCUACCAACGCACUGUGCAACCUCUGGAAGGUAUGAUCGACGACCUGGACGUGUUCCACUCCUUUGCUGCUGCCGACAUCGUCCGCUGCAUUGAAGCAUGCCACGAAAUCCAAGGAUGUCAAAGCAUCAACUACAACAAGCAAGACGGCACCUGUGAGCUCUUUGCUGCUUUGCCUGGUGAUGGUGACUUCAAGGCCAAGGCCAAUUUGCAGUCGUGGAUUGUCGUUGGUUGAGUUCUCCACUGACUGGACAAGGAU